AUGCUGGGAAUGGGAAUACGACCGAAUUUGGCUAUAUUUAAUAACAUCGUGGAAUACGUUUCGAGUACCAAUGACAGUGACACGCCCUUGGAGAUACUUGAACUUAUGGAAGAGCGGGGAAUUUGGCCGGACUCCUAUACCUACCUGUUAGUUCUGCACAAUGCAGUUCGCCUUAUGAACCGCGAAAAAGUGGACCGAAUUCUCCAUAAAGUCACAAGGGUUAACCUCCUAUCAAGGGAGCCGCACAUUGUCAACAAAACACUGCAUGCAAUAUUGAAGUUUCGCAAAACUACAGGGAUAGGUCAAGAAGUUCCUGCCACUGAAACAUUCGAGGCAAUGCUGGAAGUUUAUAAGAGAGCGCAUAAAGUGCAACCGCUCAUUGAUCUGGGACUAAUCCCUGAGAGCAACGAUGACGGAAAAUAUUCGACCACUAGAUCUCGCCCUCCAAGUUCAACACUAGCCCUCAUGAUCACGGCAUAUCUAAAUACGCAACCCAGACUCUUCAGUAUUUGGCAAAUCUUCAGACGCUUCCAGGAUCUAGUUAGCGCCGGACACCGUGACUUUGUCCCUAUGCUUAGAACUGAUUAUAUCUUCAACAUCUUUAUUAUGGCUUUUCGAUGUGACAGCCGGGCGAUAGCCAAGUGUUUCAGGAUUGUCGACUACAUGCUCGAACCACUUCCUAAAGCUGCAUUCCAAAUAACCCGGGCCGGUCUUCGACUUCCUCUCGCAAAAGCGCGACCUUCAAAAAUAACAUGGACGAUAUUGUUGAACAUAUUAAUUUGUAAUGACAACAUAGCGGCCGCAGAGAAGCUCCACCAAAAGAUGAAAGAACGCGGGAUUGAGGUCAACUCCAUGGCAUGGAACAUAUUAAUCAGAGGAUAUGCUCAAAAUCAAAUGGUCGAAGCAGCAGCUAAAGCGUUGAAGGACAUGGAGAAAGAAUCUUGGUUACCUGACAAGCACACUGUUGAAGCUUUGGGAUUGAUUGAUAACCAGGAGUUGCUUCGAACUAUGCUUGAUGUUCUAGACUCUAAUGAGCCUGAGUCUGAGCCGGAAGAGGACGAUCUGACUACUGCCAGAGAGUGGUAA